AUCCACGAAAGAAACGUAUCAUGGAAGAAGGUCAAAAAACGUAUAAAAAACGAAAAUUGUCAACGUCUCCAAAUCGUAAUUACACAUCGGAUGAUGAUACUUCGGUAUCUGAAGUUUCAGAUGUAUCUUCAACUGAUGAUGAUAAAUCUUUUUACGAGAAGUAUCUUGUUUUAAAAGCUAAACAUAGAUAUAUUCGAAGAGAAAAUGAAUUGCUUUUAGAUGAAUACCAAUCUACCAAGAAGAAAUUGAAAAGACUAAGGACAGAAAAAGACAUUCUUUUAGACGCUGUUGUGGCUCAGGAUGGUGAUG